CCAAGAUCUGUCUCACUUCGAACACCCGAGAGCCUCAACCCCGGAAACUGUAAACGUAACCGUAGCCGCAUUUGAGUUCCUCGUCACUGGGAAGGGCAGAAGGAGGAAACCUCUCCCAAAAAAAUGCUGGCUGGCGUUGGCGGUCCCCGAGCCGCGCAGGCAUGCCUGCGAUCGGUGCCAUUGACAAUCCCUCUUCGAUCGAGACUCCUCCCAGCUCACCCCAACCCGGCGAUACGAAUCCCCCGCGCCUCCCUCCCACCAUCGCAGCUCAGACCCUUCACCUCCUCCCGCCUCCUCUCCGCCGACCGAACCACCCCAUCAUCCCGAACCCCCGACGCCAUCCUCCGCCCGGAGCCCGGACCGAGCUCCAGCUCCAGCUCCAGCUCCAGCGCGUCCCCGCCCCCCAGGCGGAAACGCCUGCGCCCCUGGCUCUUCAUAGCCCUAGGCUUCGGUCUCGGAACCAUGCUGCGCCUCACCCUCUCACCCCCGACGCCGCCCGCGCCCGGUUCCGACGAAGACACGUACCUAAGCGAACAGAUCCGCGCCCAAGGAUCCUCACUCCCGCUCGUGCAGAAGCUAUCCACAGACCCACGCUACACAUCCUGGGACGCGUACUCGGGCUUCUCGUCGCCCACAACGCACACCAGCAAACCCCACGGCGGGGGAUCCGUCGUGCAAUCGCGGAUAACGACAGGGCCGCUAGCAGGGUCGCGCGGGCUGCCCUUCCAGCGCAUAUACCACGACGUGGCGACGGGCGAGGUGGUCAGCGUCGUGUACUUCGGGUCGGGGACGGGCGGGUGGCCGGGCGUGGUGCACGGGGGCGCGCUGGCGACGCUGCUGGACGAGUCGCUGGGCCGGUGCGCGAUCCUGCGCUUCCCCGCGCGCACGGGCGUCACCGCCCGCCUCGAGCUGCAGUACCGCCAGCCCACCCUGACCUCCGGCUUCUACGUCAUCCGCGCCCGGCCCAUGCCCGACGAGCGCGACGGCCCCGAGAAGCAGGCGCGCAAGCUCUGGGUCGAGGGCACGCUGGAGACCGUCGACGGGAAGACGUGUGUCGAGGCCAAGGCUCUGUUCGUCGUGCCGAAGGGGGUUAAGCUGAAGCCGCUCGUGGAAGGGUUUUGAGGAUGAACGUUGAACAACUAAACGCUCUCACGUGUGUACAUACGUUGGUCGGAGGGUCAAGAGGCUAAGCUUUUGACGUCGCACCUUAUACAAGAUCUAAUAUAAGAGCUAGGUUGUUAGUUCAAAUGGCAUAGCUAGGCGUUUUGGCAGCAACGGUGAAUGAAAAAAGGACACCAAUCAAAAUAUAGAACAAUAAAUCAUAUU